GUGACGUUAUCGACAUUACCCGGUAGAACCAGCCGUGUUUCCGGGGUAGACACCAGUUUACCCGUAGAAGAUUUACGAGUAGCUGCAAGUCCUACAUGAUGGAGAAACGAGUAAGUUUUUAGGACUUUUUAAGUACAAAUGUAAAUUGUAUGACUCCUUGGCAAAGUUAUUGCAAGUCUGUUCAAAUAUUUUUGCCAAAUUUGAAUUUUAGCUGUAAAGAAAGCGCUUCAAAAUGUAUUGAUUUUGGACCUCAAAUGAGCAGGUUGAACUCUGAAACAAUAUCAAUUUGUGGCGGUAUUUGGGGGGAUUUCUGA